AUGCAGGAGACAAACCCUCCCCCGCCGACGCCGCUCGGCCUCACGGACCCCACUGUCCCGUGCACCACCACCAGCAGCAGUAGCAGCAGCAGCAGCAGCGCGACGACCACGAGCGCCACCACGAGCCGUCGUCCGCGGGCCCAGAGCCUGCAGCACUUUGGCGACAAGUGCGCUGUGCCGCGCGAGUGCUGCAGCUCGGGCUCGUUCGUGAGCAAACUGUACCGUAUGGUGGACUCGGAGCCGUCGACGAUCGUCGCGUGGUGCCGCGGCGGCAGCGCGUUCUGCAUUGUCGACCCCAAGCUCAUGGCCGAGCACUGUCUGCCCAAGUACUUUCGCCACCGGCGGUUCUCGAGCCUCAUUCGGCAGCUCAAUUUCUACAGCUUUUACCGCGUCCAGGAGGGGCAGCUCACGAUCUACCAGCACUCGUUCUUCCGCAAAGGACGGGCGGACCUGCUCGUGCACAUUAAACGGCGCGGCGCCGGCAAGGCCAAAGACCCGUGGUUUGACCCGCUGGCUGCUGCUGCCGCCGCUACAGCGAGCACGAAAGUCGCGGCAGCCGAGUACCCACUGGCGACGGCCACGAGCGGAGCGCUGACGCCGACGAUGCCGUCGACGUCGCUGGGCUUUGUGGCGUGCUACUCGCCCAUGGCCAAGUCGGUGGCGCUCGACAACAUGUCGCCGGCUCUAAAGCCUGCGAUGGUGCAGCUCUGUCCGCCUUCGGUGGAGCUCGGGAGCCCGGACGUCACGGACGGACUGCUCAAGAAGGACGGGGACCCGGCGUACCCGUUACUGUCGGCGUUGAGCCCGAAGAGUGAGCUUUUGUUUAGCGACAUGAUGGACUCGAACGUGUCGCUACACAAGACGCCAAGUGCUUUGGCGGCAGCGCCGCUGGCGAUGGACAUUCCGGACUUUCUGACGGACGACUGCAACAUUACGCCCGGGCAGAGCGACGACCGGCUGUGUAGUAGUGGCGCGCACUCGAACAAGUGCGCGAUGGUGUCACGGGACUGCCUGAAGCUGGACGACGUGGAGCACACAGCGCCAGCUCCCGUGCUGGCGCGACAAGAGGGCGAGCCCGAGCCAGCAAGUUUUGACAAUGAGGUGUUUCUGGACUUCGCCAGCGUGGAGCCGGGGGCGUGGGAGGUGCCGCUGUCCCCUUUGAACGACGAAGAGGACGUCAUGCCGUGGCUGGAUCUGUGCUUCUAG